AUGCCGCAACACGACUAUGACGUCAUCUUCUGCGGGAACCCAGGUGCAGGAAAGAGUACUUUACUUUCCUGUGCAAGCGGACUCCAAUUCAACUCUGGCGAGUCAGGAUAUUCGGGUCUCACGCUUGAGUUGGAAUUCCAGGAGAGCAGCCACUUUCCGGGGUGCCGUUUUGCUGACACUCCAGGCUUGUCAGAUCCAGAACGUGCGGAGCAGGCUGCUCAAGCUAUCACGAAGGCACUCAAGGAUGCUUUAGCGAGAGGGCGUACCGUGAAGCUCUAUUUUGUGGUGCCAAGCGAGGCUGGCCGCAUCACCGGGGAGCAUUUGUGGACCAUCCGACAGGUCCUGCAAUCUAUCACCCUGCCAGACAACAGCCGGCCUGAUCGCAAUUCAUACGGAAUCAUCGUCAACAAGAUGGACAUCGACGACCCUGAGCAACAGGAAUCGAUCAGCAAACGCUUUGCUACCGAAAGCAAGAAUGUCCCGAUUCCCACUGCGCACAUCAAAUAUCUUCGCCGUGUGCCUGAGCUGAGUGGAAAGAACAAUGCACGAUACCACUUUCCCCAUCUUCAGCAGUUUCUGCUCGACUUGCCCGGGUUUCCAGUUCGGCAAGCUGACAGGAUUGACGUUACGGACAUAGAGGCCAAGCUGCAGGCGGCCUUGGAAGCAGCCUGGGAAGAGAACGAGAGGCUAAUUAUGAUGCAGGAGUUAGAGAAAAGAGAAUGGAACGCCAAAGCAGCGGAGGCUUUGAAGGACCUCAGGAAGGAUCUUGAAGAGAAGAUGCGGCAGCAGCGUGAAGUUCAGGAACAGCAGGUCGAACUGCUGAAUGCUGAGCUCCUCAAAGCAUCGGACCGCGCAGCCAUCGUGCAGGCAGAGUUGGAUCAGACUCGGAGGAACCAGGAGAAGGCGGAAGCGAAGUACGAAGAACAAGUUAAGCAACUUGAGCAACAGGCAGCAGACAGGGAUGUGCGCGAGAAGGAUGCCAAAGCCUACAUGGAGGAAUUGCAGCAAAAGCUCGAGGUGAAGGAGGACGUUCAAUUGAAACGCAAGAAGGUGCAGGAGAAAGACAAGGCGGAUGACGUGGAGAAGUUUGAGCCCACUGUCCAGCCAGAUGCUGUACAGAACCUGCGAGGCGCCAUAUUGCGCAGGAUCGACAAGGGCUUGCUCGUGGAGUUGAAAACUGGCUAUGAGGCUGUAAUAUCCGAUGGCAUCAUGGCAGUGGCAAAAGGCGAUGUAGCUGAACGGUUUCACUUCGAGGUGCUGCCCAGCAGCAAAAUGUUGUCUGAUAUGCCAGAUGCGGUGGCGCUAAGUCCUAUCUUGCGCCUGAAUCCCGAAAAAGAGACCUUUACGGAGCCAGUUCUGCUGAUCGUGCCAGUCUGUGAGGGAGCCACAAAAGUGUGGCGUUCACGGGAAGCUGGUGGCUGGGAUGAGGUGGCAGAUGUCAAGUUCAUGGCUGGCCACGCCAUUCUCCACCUUGACCAUUUCUGCGACAUGUUCAGUGGAAUUGAGGGAACCCCGAGCAAGACUAUCAAGGUCAUCGGCCUCAUAAACGAUUCUUCCGCCAAGUUUGCCAUCACUCACAUUUCAUGUGAUCAUUGCCUGGCUGACCUGGCAGAUUUUCUUGCUGAUUGUGAUCUCAAAGGUUACAGACAGUGCACUUCGGAGAUGUCGAUCGUCGGAAAGUACAAGCACCUUGACACCCUGAAUUGCAGGUUUGUGGGCUCGAGUGGGCUGGAUGCCGAGGAAGUCCAGUUGGACUUUGAGCACAUGCCUUACAUAUCCAGGAUAACAUGCAAAGGCAUAUCGGAGUCCUUUCAGCUCCAAAUCCAGGAUCGAAAGAAUAGGACCAUGGACUACGAUUUCCGUUUGGAGCAGAAGUCUUCGUUUGCAGCGCCAGAAGAGACGUCAUCAGCACCCACUGUGUACUUCUCGGCUCCAGCAGGAAGCCCGAUUCAGGUUUCCACAGGGAGCUCGACAAGUAGCAGCAGCUUUGGACCUUACGAGUACGCAGGUAAGUGUGGUAAGGGCGCUCCGUCCAUACAGCAGAUUUCGUCAAGUGUACAGCUUGAGCCUCGCCGCCGUUUCAGCAGCUCGGAGGAUGAUGAAGCUAAUCGCCGACCAAACAGUGCUGGUAGCAAUCCACGUCGCGCUGUUAAAGUGGAGGCGACGGAGCCCUGCGCCAAAGUGGACGAGGAGACACGUCGAACACAUUUUAUGAUCUCCGGACGCUUUCGGAAGGAGGACACAGAAUUGAUGGCAUACAUGCAAAAGGUGAAAAAUUCUCUGAAGGAGAAGGGGGCAGAGAUAUUCAUGGUGGAUGCGGCUUUAGCCGAAAGCUUCGGAGAUAAGACCCUGAUGGGAUUGUUCCAUGCAAAGGCCCUUUUGGCCUUCUGCACGGCGGAUUAUGGAGCAGAGACAGGAGCAGGCUAUGAAACCUACGUGGAAUUGAAGUAUGCACACAACAACAAGCUGACAAUUAUUCCUAUUCAGCUGUGCAAGCACUUUCCUCCAAUGCCAAAAGAUGAUAAGCGGGGACUCGGGCAGGCUCAGAACUCCCUUGUCUUGAGGCAUGACAUCUUACGCGUCACAGACGUUGGUAUGGAGGAGCCGGAGAGGGUGGCGGCUGACUUGUACAGCAUAUGGCAAAGAAUGGCCAAAGAAGAAUGA